AACUGUCAGCUACAGCAGUGAAGUAGGGGAGUCGUCUGAUAAAGCAAUCUAUCGAUUUGUAGUCUUCAUCGAGACAUAUACGCACAACUAUAACUAACGUAGCGAUUCCGCGCUGCUCUAAUAACAACUAAAAGGGGCACCUUGCAAGAUUUAACGAACAUUUCUUAAAUUAAUAGCAACAGGAACAAAAGAGAUUUGACUACACACAAAAUAGCGCGACUCAUUAAACAAUCGUAACCAAUGAAGGGAUUCGUUAUAUUUGCUUGUGUGUGCGCAGCUUGGGGUGCCCCGGCGUUGAAUAAGGAUAAAGAAAUAAAGGAGCUUCAAUCGAUAAAAAAUACAGAAAAUGAAAUUGAGGAACUAGCAGAUUUAGCAGCUGAGUCUGGAUCCCAAAACCUAGGACUAGAGAAACAACAGUCGUUUUCCUAUCACAACAGUAAUGGGAAGGUCGACAGCAAAGCUAGGACUGAGAGUAAAGUUUUUAACUCCCAGACAGGAAACAUUAUAUCCGAUCUACAACAAGAGACGCUAGGUCAGGAUAGCAGCAAAACGAAAACGAAACUAGACAUCCCCGCAGCAAAUAUUCACAAGAGUGUGAUUAGCCAGAACAACGGAGAAGACACUAUGCCAAAAGCGGACUAUGACUAUACGGAGGCUUUUAAGUUCACCCCCGCGGCGGUCGCCGAGUACUUGUUCCGGUCAGGGGAGUUCCAGGAACUCGAGGAGGCCCUGGCUGACCUGGUCAACUCUUCUAUUAUGACGCAACAACAGGCUGAUACAUACAGGGAGGACGUCAGAAAAGAGUACAACGUCCUCGUUCAGCAGGCUGCUGCCUCAAACAUGAACUUACAAAAGCAGGAACUUAACAACCGGUUCCUCAGUGAUUACACCACCCUUAACGACAUCUACCGGAUGUUUGGGUAUAGUGACGUCAUUCCUCAUCUUGGCAUUGACGAACUUCAGAAUAAAGAAAUAAUGAGAAUGGCUCUAUCACGUGCUACUUCCUUAAUCGAGGUCAUUAGAACGCUUAUGGAUGAGUGGUUAGCCAAGGCAACUAUAACAGGUGACCCCGAGGCUGCAGCACUGUUGAGUGACAUCCUUCGUCACGUGUCGAAAGAUUCCAACCCAGAUGACCUUUCUCAGAUGAGGGAAAUCCUGUACGACAUUUUCGCCAAUGAAGUACUGAACAGUCUUGAAAAGCGCCCUCUAGGCGACUACGAAGAUGUGCAGGUGGAUGAUUCAAUGUUCGGUAUUCCACCAGAACAAUCCGAAAAUGAAGGUAUAAAGCAUACACAGGAAACGGAAGAGAAGCAGGAAAAUGCAGACCAAAUCGGAAAAACAGAAGAGAAAAUCCCAAAAGCAGUCAAAGAGACCAAAACAAAAACAGAAAAAGAAGUCAAAGAAAACAAGUUGAAGAUGUGAGAAAUAGGCGGGGAUUUUGAAGAGAGGAAUCAACAGUCCAAGUGGGAGGAAAAACAAAACAAGUAGAAAACAAUGCUUGGUCGAGUUACUGAUGGAAAGGUGUUUUAUAUCUGUGUAUACGUGUAAAUAUGAUCAAUUUGUUACAUUGUGAUUUCAACUCUCACAUUGAUGUAAUUGUGAAGACAUACAGCCAAUUCGGAUACAUUGUGACGAUUUCAUGAGCAAAUAUCGAUGAUUUCUUAGAAUAACACACUGUUUUUGAACCAUUAACAGUUAAGAGUAAUUUCAGAAUAGGUUCACACUUCUGUAUUGUCUAAAUUUAAAGGACACUCAAUCACAUAUCAAGUAGUUUCUUUUUACUCUCUAGCAGAUCCUUUUGAAAGAAAAUUUACGAACAGUUAUAAAAAAAUUUCCAAAAGAAACACAACUUAACAAAUAUUUCUUAUGCAGAUGAUUAUUAUUAAAAUGUUUAUAAAAGUAUACAGGGUAUCAUAUUCAAACAUUACUUUCAUCAAAGGUUGUAAUUACACUCAUUUUAAUUAGCAGGGUAUAAGUUUCAAAUGACAAUGUGAUUCAACACUAUUCUGUAAAUUAAGGAUAUUAAUGCCCAUGUCUUUAGUUUCAUCUGUCCUAAAUGUCAACGUUUGAAUGGAAAAACAGGAUUAUUUUAAAAGUAGGAAAAGUCACAUGGAUUAACAGUGUCCGUAUAUCAGUGCAAAAUGCUAAUAGGGAAUAGUCUACUCCUAAACAACUGUAAACAGCCAGACCCACAGUGGAAGGAUAAAAAAAAUCGGUCAAACUAUAAUGACAACAUUAUUUUCAUAUGGAUUUCUGUCGUUUCCAAAACAAAUAUACUUACAUGAAAUGGUUAUGCUUUUCAGAAGGGAAAGUUUGAUAUAUCCGAGAAGAGAUGUCAUUUUUACUAUGAAAAUUUGCUUCAUUCCAAAUUCAAACCACCAUACAUAAAAUAUAUAAUAUAUAAUAUAAAAAAAAACCACCAUAAUACCAAUCUGCAUCAAACAAAUUAUUUCAUAUUGGGGUUUUUAAAGUUAAGAGUAUUCUUAUUGACUGAGGUAAGAAAUGUACAUUGUUACUUUCAGCUUUUUAUAUAUGUACAUCAUGUUUGUUUGUGUUUUCAAAUUUUACUUGUUACUAUUCUUAAUCUUUGUUAUCGUUCUGGGUAUUACUAAAUGGUUACCUCGUACAUUAAGGGAACAUAUUUGCUAAAGAAUACAAUUUGACUUUUUUAAACUAUUUUUUUGUGUAUCAGUAGAGAUCAAAGGCUUUACGACUUGUACCAAACAUUUAAUUAUUCAAAAAGCUUGAAAUUUUUAAGAAAUUCUGAGGUUUUAAGAUAUUGAUGAUUUAUUAGAUAUUCUUAACUGGUGUAUCUAUUCAGAUAAAACAUGACAUUACAUUCCUUUUAAACUUCAAAUAUUUUUUUUCUGUAUUUUUAUACCAAAUUUCAUU